GUGGGCGGGGCGGGGAGUACGAAAGUGGACGCGCGCUCCCGAGUGCUGAGGUCCGGCUGCGCCGCAGCAUGACCCAGUCGGUGGUCGUACAGGUCGGCCAGUGCGGAAACCAGAUCGGCUGCUGCUUCUGGGAUCUGGCUCUCAGGGAGCACGCCGCGGUCAACCAGAAAGGAAUUUAUGACGAGGCAAUAAGCAGCUUCUUUAGAAAUGUGGAUACCAGAGUGGUUGGUGAUGGUGGCAGUAUUUCCAAGGGGAAAAUUUGUUCUUUGAAAGCGCGAGCUGUCUUGAUUGACAUGGAGGAAGGGGUAGUGAAUGAAAUCCUUCAGGGACCGUUGAGAGAUGUGUUUGAUAACAAGCAGCUCAUCACUGAUAUUUCUGGCUCAGGGAAUAAUUGGGCUGUGGGUCACAAAGUGUUUGGCAGCCUUUAUCAAGAACAGAUUUUAGAGAAACUCAGAAAGUCGGCAGAACACUGUGAUUGUUUACAGUGUUUUUUCAUCAUACAUUCCAUGGGAGGAGGAACAGGAUCUGGACUUGGCACAUUCCUCUUAAAGGUGCUAGAGGAUGAAUUCCCAGAAGUAUACCGAUUCGUGACUUCAGUCUAUCCUUCUGGUGAGGAUGAUGUCAUAACCUCGCCUUACAAUAGCAUCUUGGCCAUGAAGGAACUUAAUGAGCAUGCAGACUGUGUGUUGCCCAUUGACAACCAAUCUUUAUUUGACAUCAUUAGCAAAAUUGACCUCAUGGUGAAUUCUGGAAAGUUGGGUACAACUGUAAAGCCAAAAAGUCUGGUUACUUCGAGUGCUGAGGCUUUGAAAAAGCAGCACCAGAAGCCCUUUGAUGGGAUGAACAACAUCGUGGCAAAUUUGCUCCUGAACCUAACCAGCUCUGCAAGGUUUGAAGGGUCCCUUAAUAUGGAUCUUAAUGAAAUCAGCAUGAAUUUAGUUCCUUUUCCUCAAUUGCAUUAUCUCGUGUCAAGCCUAACACCUCUAUACACACUGGCGGAUGUUAACAUUCCUACCCGAAGGUUGGAUCAGAUGUUUUCAGAUGCCUUUAGUAAAGAUCACCAGCUAAUUCGGGCUGACCCCAAACACAGUCUCUACCUCGCCUGUGCCCUUAUGGUUAGAGGAAAUGUACAGGUUUCAGAUCUUCGCAGAAACAUUGAAAGAUUAAAACCUUCUCUGCAGUUUAUCUCCUGGAAUCAAGAAGGCUGGAAGACCAGCCUAUGUUCAGUCCCUCCCGUGGGCCAUUCCCAUUCAUUACUAGCGCUAGCAAAUAACACCUGCGUGAAGCCUACCUUCAUGGAACUCAGAGAGCGAUUCAUGAGGCUCUACAAGAAAAAGGCUCAUCUUCAUCACUAUCUACAAAUCGAAGGGAUGGAGGAAAGCUGUUUCGCAGAAGCCGUGUCCUCUGUAUCGGGGCUCAUAGAGGAGUAUAAGCAGCUGGACGCCACCCUGGGCACGCCUGUGGAAGAUCUGCCUAGGCUGAGCGUAGCUGUCUAAAACACAAACCCCAAAGUACCCCUUUAACUUUCCUGAAUUUCCCUUUUUUUGGCACUUUAUCUGUUUCAGAACUUCUGUGAUUCAGAAAGCCUAGUUUGCACUUUUCACGUUAGAAAGCAUUUUUGUCUUAAAGAGUGGUUUUCCUUUCAGCACAAUUCAUGGAUGAUACCAGUUGUGUGACAUUAGUGAAGUCCUAGUGCCUUUCAAACAAUUGUCCUCAGAAAGUUCCCUUUUCUAAAAUUGAGAAAACAGAGUUCAACAUUUUACUUUAUUUAUAAUUUCACAUUCAGGCAUUCAAACAAUGGUAAUCAUGUCUUCAAUAAAAAUCUUACACAGAUUUUUAUAUAUUUAUUUAUAAUUUAUUUUUCCAUACUUUGGUUAAAUUCUCCUGAUUCUUUAAAAGUGAGUAUGAGAAGUAAUAGAAGAACACAAUAUAAAUAUUUCUGUGUAAUACCCACUAACUUUUUAGGGAUAGGUUUUAUUACAACUAUUAAAGAGGUUUUGUUUCUUCUUUGUGUACCCACUUGUUUGCACUGAAGAGAGUCAAGAUUUGCAUUUAUUUUAACAGGUAUUUGUAUUAAGUUAUUUUUAAAUAUAAUGCUUUUUAUUAAACCAGCUGAAUAACAAUAUCCUUGUUUUUAAACAGUAUUAUUUAUUAUUGGUUUUGCUUGUCACCAUUUAUAUAAGCACAUAAUAUUACUCAACUUGAUAUCUCCCAAAUUUUGAUUAAAAGGCUGUAAUAGUCUAGUGAAACUGUUCCAGUUACUAUAAUCUCCAGCUAUAGUUUUUGAAAUUAAUUUAUCUUUAAAUAUAAUUUAUAUUUUAAAUCCAUAGAUGGGUUUGUCAUUUGAGGAAGUAAAUUUUAGGAACAAUUUAUUUUCAAGCCAAAAUAAUCUAUUGUGUGCUUUCUUUAAAGUGUUAUAUUCUUAAAGAUCUUUCAUUUUCAUAGUAAGGAUACUGCUCUUGAUCUUUAUCUUGGAAAUUUAAUUUUUUACAGUAUUUGGUAUAUAAACUUUUAAAUUACAGUUGUCUGCAAUUGUCAACAGUGGCCCAAGAAGUUCUAUUUUCUCCUUCCAAAAGAAAUCUUAAUAAACUCAUCUUCAGGAUAGGGCAAUAGCAACUAUAAAUAUGUUUACCAUUUAAUCUUAUUCCUAUUUAAUAAUUAACCUAGAAUCUUGCUCACCAAAUAAUGGUUAUCAUCUGAUGAGAUCAUAGGCUACAUUGUCAAAGUACACGUAAAAGUUUUAAAAAACAAUUUUUAAAAAGUUGUAAACUUUUUACACAUCAUCACCAAAGUAUUCCAGAUUACUUUAUAGGAUGAAAUGUUUUCUUGUAAAUUGUAUAAUUUUUCCAUUAAGUAUGGAAUAUGUAGAUGGAACCAAGUGUCUGUGUAUUUCAUAAUUUUACAUUUUAAAGAGUUCACUUUUAAGGUUUUUAGCUUUAAGAAAACCUUUUUAAAAGCUUCUGUUGCCUUAAAUACAGUCAUAUGAGAAUGGGCAGGUGUUCUUACUGUUACAAAUCAAUAAGGUAGAUUUGCCAUCCUUUAAAACCAUUCUGAUUUUCUGAUGUAAUGACAUGAUUACCUGAACUUCACUUUUCCCAUAUAAAUUUGGUUUUAUAGGAUCUUGAGCUCAGAAAAUAUAUCCCCUGGAUCUCUGCAGUUUCUCUGACAUACACAAGAUGUAAUCCACAGCAUCUUCCAUUGAAAUGACCCUUCAUUUGGGCAGUCGAAUUGAAUGUUGCUAUUUUCAUUGGUCACCCUGUUGGACACUCCCAUCCCACAGCUUCUGGAGCAAGGGGACCACUUUGUUGCUUGCACAAGACAUUUUCUUUUCCAAAUAAGUGGGAGAUUCCGAUAAGCUAAAAUAAAAGGGGGGAAAGUACAUGUGUAUACAUAUAUGUACUCAAAUAACUUUUAAUAAUUAUUUUUAAGCUAAUAGUAAGUAGAUCAGAACUUUUCCUUUUAUGCAAUGUAACUGAGAAUAAAACAAGCUUAUAGUCUAGUUCAUUCUUUUUCCUACUUUCCAAAUUACCUUGUAAUCAACUGUACUACAGUACAGUUUCUUAGGAAGAAUAAAGAUAAUUUAUCUUUGAAAAAUCUGAGUAAAUGUAUCUACUUGCUUCUGCUUAGCUCAUCCUCUAACUACUAAACUACUUGUCUCUUGCUGGAUAUUAUUUUCAAAAAUGAAACAGACAUAUAGUAGGGUUAAGAAAUUCGAGGUAUUAAUCAGAAUGAUGACUUAAUGUUAAAUUUCAUGGCAUGUUAAAAUCUAAAAUACAAAAGUUAUAUUUGAGAAUAAGCUAUUAAAACCCGUUACUUUUC